AGGAUGAUGGUCACAGAAUAUAGAGAAAACUACAUCUGCUUUGUUGUUACAGAGGGAGAACUGACUACUAUGGCAUUGUCUUUUGAUUUAUGACUGGAAUUGGCAAAAGAAUAUGCAAAAAUGUCAUUCAGCUAUCUGAUUUGAUCACUUUUCUCUUUAGUGUUUGACGAAUUGGUUUGGUUCUGCCUCCUGACACUUUAUGUUUGUGCUUCAUGUGGUUUGCCUGUAUCUAAUUUAAGUUAUCAUUGGUAUCUUGUCAGUGAUAUUUUGCUUAUAAUUCUUUCUGAUUUAAUAUUUGUUUUUUGAUAAGGUGUUUGUGGUUAGAAAUAUUUGAAGAAUAAUUUAAAGAGAACAUUUUAUUCAAGGAUUAAACACAUUUGUCAGUUUGAGGCAGAUGUUUGUGUGCAAUAGGUGCGAAAAGUCUUGUUCACAAUCUUAUGUUUUAUCCUGUUUUGACAAGCACAUCUCUUAUACUUCGUCUCCAAGCUAUUCUUCUUCCAAAACAGUAUCUCAUGAUAACCUUUUUUACUCUUUUACUUGUUAGUACAAUUUCAGUAUCAUUUUCCAUCCCGUAAAACGUUAUCAUUGUCUCUCCUUUAUUCUUUCGUUGGACAAAUUAGGUCGAUGGUUCGUGACACCUUAUAUUCAAUCCCUCGACGAGGUCUCCUCUCUGUUGCUCGUUGGGGCGCGGGAUUGCAGUUCUUGUGCCCUAGCUGUUUGGUACUCUUUAAUUUGGCUCUGUACAUGUUCGACACUUUGACGUGAGUUCAUACAUCUUUUGCGGUAUCUCUGUCUUUGCGUUCGAGUUGUACAAAAGUAGAAUAAUAAAAUACUAAGAGCUGCCAUUAUUAUCGCUGCUGCUGCACAUGUGACUGUUAAUUCUACGACAUCAACAUCAACCAUCUUGCCUUCUGUUUGCGUUCAGUUUCCACUACAAGAUUCCUCUUUCUUAACCUCAAAGACAUCUGUUGGACCACUUGAUGCAAUUGUGACCUCGUUGAGACUGUUCUUGUCCACGUCAAUGAGUUUGACUUAAAACUUCUCUUUGAAGUGAAGUUAACUGUUGAAGCGGAAAAACACUUCUCACGACCGCCAUCUUGACCCGGCCCAGAAUGCAGUUCAAUAUUACAAACCGGAACCAGUAGUUGCUGGAUGUAAACAAAAUGGCUGAAGAGACGGAGGUGUCAGGUGCUGUGUCCUCGCUUUCCCCGAACACCACCGUCAAGGACUUACAAAAUAUUAUAACUGAGCCUGCUGGUGGUUUCUAUAUGAUGCCUAAUGAUGCUUACAACGAAGUUUUUGAAGGAAUCUUCGUUGGCGAAGCCUCAACGGCUAUGAAUGAAGGGGAGCUACAAGACCUAGGGAUCACCCAUGUGUUGAAUGCCGCGCAUGGAAACAAGCUGUACCACGUUCAAACAGGCCCGGAUUAUUACAGAGGAUCCGGCAUCAUCUACCAUGGCAUACCUGCCAUGGACAUGUUCACCUUUAAACUCGACCGCUUUUUCGACGAAGCGUCCGAUUUCAUCGCAAAAGCUGUCGGAACCAAGAAUUCUGGAAAGCUUAACGGGAAGAUUUAUGUCCACUGCAAGGAGGGCGUUAGCCGAUCCGUAAGCCUUGUCUUGGCGUACUUAGUGAGAGAUCAAGAAAUGGAACUGAAAGAGGCGGUGAGAAGCGUACGGAGCAAGCGUGAAAUUUCACCUAACGACGGCUUUCUUCAACAACUGAUAGAUUACUCAUGUAAGCUCGGAAAAGCCUAAAUAAUUGGAGGAAAUUGCUUCAAAAAUAUUUAUGUAUUAAAUGAGAGAAAUGAAACAGAGUUUGUUUCAUCGAGACAGUUUGUUAAGUAAUAUAUUUACAUCUUUGUAAUUUUGGAGCAGAAUAAAGCACAUUUAGUGCACGUGUGAA